AGAAAAUGGAAGGUUGUGCUAGCAAGCUAGCAGAGCGAAUGUAACCCUAACUGGAAAAUUGUCGUUUAUAUUGAAGUAUUCUAUUGAUGUCACCAUGGACCCAGUGGAAAAUAACAGCGUCACAGAUGAUAAUAAUUCAGAGGAACGACAGAGCCAGACAGAAGAGUCCGAGUCUAGUGUUAGGCCAACCCUGUCACAGGUGAAGAAGUCCUGGGGCUUCAGGCGUACAACUAUUGCUAGAAGGGAGUUCAUGGAAGAAGUCGGAGACCUAACACACAGCCCUCCACUUGUACGGAGAGGUAGAAGUCGUCGAACCAACCAAACACGCCAGACCACUACAGCGACUCAAGCUGCCCAAAAAACUGCAAGCGCAACGAAGAGUGUAAUAGAUGAGCUCGAGUGGUCUUCUCCGUCCUCACCUGCGUCAGAGGAGAGCAAGCCAGCUUCAGAAGCUUCUGCAGGAGGGAGCCUUGACCCCAGCUUAUGGCAGGAUUUUGGAUCUGCCUUCCACACUGCCUUCUCACUGCUCGGCGGGAAUGAGGGCUUGUCAAUGGACAUGCCAGGUGCACUGGCAGCCCCUGACAUUGCAUUGGAAGCUGCUGAUGCCAUCGAGGCCCUUCCUCCACGGGCCAUAGAUGAAACUGAGGUGGCUGAUAAUAUGGAAUCUGCUGAUGACGUGGAAGUUUUGCCGCAGGGUGCUCCUGAAAAUGCGGCAGGGGGAGAAAUAGAUGAUGUGGUGUUGAUCUCUAGUCAAGAAGAGGACAGUGAUGAAAUGACUCUGAUACAGAUUAAGGAGAAGUUGGCAUCUAAAGCCAGGCAGGGAGACGCGAGAGGUAGAGGGGGGAAAGGCGGAAGAGGAAAGGCCAGAGGAAGGGGUAGAGGCAGAGGAAGAGGUAGGGGAAAAGGGAGAGGAAGGGGCAGAGGGAGGGGCAGGGCAGUGGAGCUUCAAUCAAGCACUGGAGAUGAGGUGGACAGUGACGAUGACGUGAUGAUUGUUAAUGGGGCUGAGCAGCAGAAGCAGUUGCAAGAGGAGAAAAAGGGAAAUGAUGCACAUAGCCCUGCUGAAAUAUCACCUUCUCACUCUGAUAUCACUCUGAGUCCUGCGCAGCAAUCAAGCUCAGACUGCAUAAUCAUAGACACUGAUUUAGAUCAUGUUACUGAUGUAACCCCUGGUCAGUAUGAUGAUGCACCGGAGGAGGAGGAGGAGGAGGAGAAGAAAGACGAUAAGGAUCUAGGAGAGUAUUCAAGCAUAUCAGAUACUGAGGGUUAUGACUCCAAUGCUCUGUACUGCAUCUGCCGACAGAAACACAAUAAAAGGUUCAUGAUCUGCUGUGACAGUUGCCAAGAGUGGUUCCAUGGUGACUGCGUUGGUAUCAGUGAAACACGGGGCUGUAAGAUGGAGAAGAAAGGGCAAGAGUAUAUCUGCCCUCCUUGCAUGGCCAAGAAGCAGCUUCAGUCUGAGCCUUACCCUCAGCCUGAGCCUGAGCCUGAGCUUAGCUUUUCUGAAUGCUUGACACUAAGUCCCUCUGGUGAAGAAGGGGAGGGGCGUGAGGAGCAGCAAGCCCACAAGGAGACUGUAAUGGAGGAGGAGGAGGAGGAGGAGAAGGAGAAGGAGGCUCCUGCACUGAGGCCAGAGCCUGAACCCAGAGCUGACAUGGAGAUGGAAAGCUCUCUUCCCCUGUGCAUUGGGCCGGGGUGCUCCAAACAAGCCCUGCCGGACUCUGUUUACUGUGGCACCGACUGCAUCCUUCAGCACGCUGCUGUCACUAUGAAGACACUCUCUGGACCUAAGGUGCCCAAGUCCAGAGGACGAGGACAGAGAAAAGUUGCCACUGCCAGACCCGCUGCAAAGGGUCAGAGGCCAGGUAGGAUGUCUAAGAGGUUAGCAGGAAAAGCAGAGGAAGAAAAUGAAGAGGAGGACAUGAAGGCAGAUGAUGGAGGAAAUAAGGAGGCUGCAUCUCCCUUAGCCUGCGACCCCAGUCUCACCGAAGUUCAGGCCACUUCCUUACCAUCAUCUAAGUUUAACACAGCGUCUAAAAGGGACAGCGAACAGGUAGAUGCUGACAGCGAGGCUGUAGCUCCUUCAACACAGUCUCCAGAGGACACCUCUACAGAUGCUCUUCCCUCCUCACAGUCUGUCACUGAGCCAGCCACACCACAAAGAGACUCUCAAGAAAAAGCAAAGGAGCCAGAAAACAGUGGUGCGUCUAAGCAACAACCUGCAGAAUCUGAUCCCUCAAUGCCACCCACCCCAGCAAAGUCUAGUCUGUCUCCAGCUGCACAAUCCCCAACCACUUCAGCACCCAGAUGUCAUGAAACUGGGGCCCUUAUUGCCACUAAGACCUCAUACAUCAUACCAAAGAAGCAGUCUGGACCUCAGCCUCCGUCCGUGUCUGCCUCAGCAUCAUGCCAGAAAUCCUCUUCAGCCCCCACGCUGCUGAAUGAAACCCGAAACCUGCUGGUGCCUCCUGCGCCCAGCGCUCCCUCCUCCAGACCCUCUCAGCCCAACAACCAGGUCAGACAGAGCAUCCAGCGCUCCCUCGUCAGCAUCCUGUUCAAAAGGGUGUCUGAUUGUGAGGAUUUGGACAUGUCUGAGAGUGAAGCUGCAAAGCUCGUUGCAAACAUUGAGAUGGAGAUGUUCGACAUAUUUCGCAACACAGACAGCAAAUACAUGAACAAGUAUAGAACUAUAAUGUUCAACCUAAAAGACCCAAGAAACAAGGGCUUGUUGUAUCGGGUUGUACGUGGAGAAAUCAGUCCCUUCAGACUGGUCAGGAUGAGUCAGAAGGAUAUGCAGGCUACCAAGGCACCAGAACCAAGUGCAAAUGAAACACCAGAGGUUAAGGAUGCAGCUGCUAAAGGAACAGGUUUGCUGCAGAAGCCUGAAGCAGUGAAGGUCGAUUUGCUCAGUUUGAAUACUGCUAGACCCGAUAGAAGAUCCAACAAAAGACCUGAUAGCACGGUUGUUUCCCUGGAACAGAAGAGAAGUCUACCUGCUCCUGCUCUCAAGACAAGAAUAAACCUGCCAAGCCAGGGCACCACUACACCAGAUGUUCUCACCUGUAUGCUUAAGGACACAACAUCAGAGCACAAAGCUCACCUCUUUGACCUGAAAUGCAAGAUAUGCACAGGCCAGAUACCAGCUGGGGAAGAGGAAGAACCUGCAAAGAAAAAACCCAAGGUUACUGAGAAAAGAGAUAAGCAUGAACCCUUAUGGAGAAAGUGUACAGGAGAUGACUCCCCUCUGCGGGAGCCACCUGAUUCACCCGACAUGGAUUCUCCAACAUCUGCCUUAAUGGAUCCCUCAUCCCGCCUUAUCAUUGACUCUCCAACACUGACCAUAGUAGAAUCCCCUGCUUCACCCAUAAUGGAUUCUCCUGCCUCUCCUAUUUUAGAGUCACCUGCUUCCCCUACAGAGUCCCCUGCAUCCCCAACUUCAGACACUCCUAAAGCUUUUACACCAAAGAGAGCAUAUGCACCAGUUGUGAUUCCAGCUGUUUCCACCGUAAGCAUCACAAGACGCGAUCCCCGCACUGCAGCAAGCAGGUUUUCGGCUUCGUGUAGUAGCACCUCUGGACCCAAUAACACUCGCCAAAACCAAUCAGCCCCUUAUGCCCCCCUUAAAGAGACUAGCUCUGCCUUGCCCUCUGCUCCAGCAUCCUCACAACCAACAACAAAAACACUACCUAAAUCUAUCUUAAUGAAGCCAUCUCCCUCAGCAGAUCCCAGACUCUAUGGCACAUCCUCAAGGACUGUGAUAUCUGAAUCACUAUCUGAUGGUGAGACUGCUCAGUUCCUGGCUAAGCAAGACAUACUGUGGAAAGGCUUCCUAAACAUGCUUACUGUAGCCAAGUUUGUCACCAAGGGAUAUCUGGUUUCAGGAUCUGCUGAAAACCUUAAAGCGGAUUUACCUGAUACAAUACAAAUUGGGGGACGAAUCAUGCCUGAAACAGUGUGGGACUAUGUUGCAAAACUAAAGACCUCAGUUACAAAGGAGUUAUGUGUGAUCCGGUUUCACCCUGCAACAGAGGAGGAAGAGGUGGCCUACGUCUCGCUGUUUUCGUAUUUCAGCAGUAGAGGUCGUUUUGGUGUUGUCGCCAACGGCAGCCGUUCUAUCAAGGAUGUAUACCUUGUCCCACUCAGCGCAAAGGAAUCAAUCCCAUCCAUACUACAACCUCUUGAAGGGCCAGGGCUUGAAAAAAACAGGCCCAAUCUUCUUUUGGGUCUGGCAAUCAUCCAGAAGACAAAACGUCCAGGAAGCUUCCCUCAGGAAAUUGAAGAGAAGAGACCCAAAGUUCAUAUGACUAAAGACCCUAUGUGGAUCCCAAAACCUCCGGUCCUCUAUGGUUCUGACAAAUUGGAAAUAUUCCAACCCUAUGAUCCAGAGACUCCUACUAGUACCACCCCUCCUGGUUCACCAUCUUGCCCUGGGUCACCGUCAGAUUCUUCGUCUUCUGGCUCAGUCACUGUACCAUCUCUUUUGACUUCCAUGAGGGUAACUCCUCCAGUUUCUACCUCAGCUGUUGUUGCUUCCACUGAGUCCACCUCCAAUAGCAUCUCUGACAAGAAUUGCACAACAUCAUCCAGUGAUAAGACACCACUGCAGACUCUCUUAAAGACUUUGUUUGGCAGUAAGCAAACAGACACCACGGUUUCUUCUGACGGAAAUUCUGCAACAACAACACUAAGUUCUAAGAAGAUCCAAAUGUUUUCUCAGGUGUCUGGAUCAAUGGUGGAUCCAAUUGUCCAACAAUAUGGGCAGAAAUCCAAAGUCAAAGAGAUAGAAGAAGAGGAAAAUGACUUUGACCGACCGUAUGACCCAGAGGAAGAGUAUGAUCCAGCCAGGGGAUAUGGAAUGGCUGCUCCACAGAAUGUAGAAAAAAUUAAGAGAGAUGGCCCUGCCUUAUCAGGCUCUGUGGACGAUGAUAUAGCCUAUGAUCCAGAGGACGAGACUAUCUUUGAAGACAUUCAAAUUGACACUGUUGUAACAAAGGCCCCUACUCCAACUCAAAAAUCAGAUUCUGUCUUGUGCCAAACACCACUUUCCACCCAGGCUGUAACACCAGCUGUGAUUACCACUCCAGUGCAAACUUCUACCCCAGCUGCAGAAACGCCAAUCCUUCCUACAGGCACUGUGGUUGUCUCAGCUGCAACACUGACUGAACAACAGCGCAUGCUUGAGGAGCUCAAUAAGCAGAUUGAAGAGCAAAAACGGCAGUUGAAGGAGCAAGAAGAGGCUCUGCGUCAACAGAGAGAAGCAGUGGGUAUGUUCAUGGCUCACUUUUCUGUUUCUGAUUCCCUGAUGUCUCCACCAUCAAAAUCUUUGCCCCUCAGUCAACUGUCAUCUCUGCAGAGUGGCAUAAUGCAAACAGAGUCAAGGCCUUCUGAAUCAACAGACAAGACUAGUAACUCUACAGAGACUGAGGACAAAUCCAAUGUCGAUUCACAAUCUAUUAAGCUUGAAGACACCACUGCCGUCCCUACUUUAAAAAAUGACACAGAUAGUGUUACAGAGCAAGAUGAAACACAGGAAAAUGUGGAUGAUAGUGACAAGCGUUCCUCUGCUGGAGAGAUUGAAGAUUCUGAUGUAGCUUAUGACCCUGAGGAUGAAUCACUUUUUAAUGAAAUUCAAGAGGAUGUAUUUCAAGGAAGCAGUACAAAGACACAUGAUUCAUCAGGGCAGAGUGGCAGCCGUAAAGACUCUGUUUCAAAUUCACACCACAGCAGAAAGCAAAGGCAGUCACCGAAGAGGCGGAGUCGUCGUGAAAGGGACAGCCACAGAAGUCCUUCAAGAAGGUCACAGCGGCGUUCUCCUUCACAUUCCCGGAGACGUCGAGAAAGGGACAGACACAGAAGAAGUGAAAGGGACAGGUCAAGGCAUAGAGCUAGAAACCAGUCUGAACGCCAGGGUCGCCACCAUAAAGACCAUACUUCACGCCGACAUUCUCGUGGCCGUAAAAGAUCCCCAUCAUCUCCUAGGAAAAAAGACUCUGUGUCCCUUUCACCAAAACAGCACAGAGGACCUUCCCCUCAAGUCCUUGAGAAAUCAAAACAUGCAAGAGAAUUUGUAGAAAGUAACACAUCAUCAUCCACCCCUAUUACUAUUAAAAAUGACCCUGACGGACAACAGUUAAAAUGUAAUCUUGCUGAGAACCCUGAUAAAGACUUUUCCUCCCAUCCACAUAAACUUCUUCACAACGUGAAGCAUGAGAUUACAGAACAACCAAAAUCCCAGGACUCUCAAAAAAAAUCAGUCAGUGUUCCUUCUACACAGGGGGAUAAACCCUCUCAACAGGAAACUCUACUUGAAAACAAAAUUGAGAGCACAGUUCCUCUAAGAGAAAUUGACCCGCCCAUUCGAGAUUCUCCUCAGAGCCCUGAUCCAGAACCACAGUUCUUGAAACCUAGCAGCAUAGAAAAAAGUGACUCUGGAACGACUGAGGAAAUCAUAGAUCCUGACACACAUACCAGUGUCUCAGUGCCAUUUGUUAAAGUUGACAUCCAAAAUCCAAAAUCAAAGUUAAAAGGGGAAAGUCCAGACUUAAAGUGUCCAGAGAUGAUGGGUCAAGGGAAAGGACAUUCACCACUAGCCAGAAGCUCAGAUUUUCAUGGCUCAGCACAUGAAAUAGACCCUGUGACAAAGCAUCCAAGGAAUCCAGGACCAGAUAUGAAAGAACCUGGACAUAGUGGACAACAAAUAGAGCUAAGAGAAACAGGAAUUAGACUCCCAGGGCCUGAUAUAAGAGGCCCUGGCAUACAAGGCAUGAGCCUCAACAUUUGGGGUCCUGGACCACACAUACGAGACCCAAAGAUGGGAUGUUCUAGGAUGCCAGGUGUGAACCCAGGAGUAAAAGGACUAGGCCUUGAUAUGAGCCACUGUGAACCAGAACAAAAACCUGUACCUGUUACACAUUCACAUAUUGGAGAUAGAGAUGAAAGCCCACAUACUGGGGGAAUGAGAUCUGCUAUGAUGGGUCGAGGUAUAAGAGAUCCGAGUCCAGAUAUAAGGAACCCAGGUACAUCUCUCAGGGACUCAAGAGGAGUACAGAUGUCUUUAAGGCAUGAUGGUAGUCCAGUCUUAGAUGAAAGGGGCCCCCAGAAAGGGGGUUUCCAACUCCCAUCAGUAACAGAUGAAAGACAGGGCCCACAGACAAAUAUUAGGGUUGAAAGGAGUGUGCAUGGCCCGAACAUGAGAGAAUCAGAAAUUAUGCCUGAACCAAGAAGGCAAGAUAUGUCAGGAGGAAGUUAUAUGGGGCCUGGUCAAGAUAUGGAUAGUAUGGUUGGCUCAGAUACAAGGUGUGAUGGAAGUGAGUCACAUGCAAGGAGUUCAAGCAGAGACAUUGGAGGAACAGGUCCAUUUAGGAGGGAUGCAGCCAUACAAGGUCCAGGGCUAGAGAGGAGAAAUGAUCAAAUAGGUCCAGAAGACAGAGGUCCCGUGCCAAACAUUACAAAUCCAGAUUGGAGAGGUCCAGGACCAGGUAAUGUUGGUGCUGAUAUGAGGGGUCAUAGGAAUCAAAAUAAAAGCCUGGGUCCACAUAUGAGGGAUCCAGAUUGGAGUGGCCCAGGAUCAGACAUAAGUGAUGAUUGGAGAGGGCCAAAUAGGAGAGGACCAGGUCCAGGUAGAGGAAGGCCAUUUAUACAAGAUGAAUUGAGGGUCCAUCAGCCUGUUUGGAGAGGUCCAGACAUGGAGAGCCAGGGGCCUGACAGGGGACCAGGUUGUUUGGAUUUCAUGGCACCGGGACCUGAAAGGGGAGGACCUGGUAUGGAGGUUCCAAUGCAUGACAGGAGUGGACCAGGAGGUCCAGAUUUCAGGAGACCAGAGCCUGAACAGAGAGGUCCAACUAUGGACAAUUUAGGCUGUGGCAUGAGAGCACCAAGGGCUGACAGAAGAGGUCUAGCUUUGGAGGGUCCUGGAACUGAUUUGAGGGGACCAGAAGGCACAGAUUUCAGGGGACCAUGGCCUGAAAGGAGAGGUCCUGAUAUGGUUGGUCCAGGGCCUGACAUGAGAGGACCAGGAGCUCAAGGUGUCUGGGGACCAGGGCCUGAAAGGAGAGGUCUAUCUAUGACUGACAGGAGAGGACCUGAAGGUCCAGAUUUGAGAGGACCAGGACCUGAAUGGAGAGGUCCUGCUCUGGAGGGUUCUGGAACUGAUCAGAGAGGACCUCCAGGUCCAGAUUUCAGGGCAUCUGGGCCUCAAAACAGAAGCUUAUCUAUGGAGGGCCCUGGACCUGGCAGAGGAGGACCUGGAGGUCCAGAUUUCAGAGGACCAGGACCUGAAAUUAGAGGUCCAGCUUUUGAGAGUGCAGGACCUGACAGAAGAGGACCAGGAGGUUCAGAUUUCAGUAGACCAGGACCUGAUAGGAGAGGUCCUGCUAUGGGUGGUCUAGGGCCUGACAGGAGAGAAUCUGGAGUUCCCAAUUUUACUGGUCCAGGACAUGAAAGGAGAGGUCCCUCUAUGGACAGUCAAGAGUCUGACAGGAGAGGACCAGGAGGGCCAGGUUUCCGGAGACCCGGCCCUGAAAGGAGAGGACCCUCUAUGGAGCAUCAGGGACCUGACAGAAGAGGACCAGGAAAUGAAAAUGCUGGUGGACUUCGUCCUGACAAGAGAGGACCAUACAUGGGGGGUCUUGGGCCUGACUUCAUGGGAUUGGGGCCUGAAAGAACUGGUCCAGGCAGGGAAGGUCCAGGGCCUCACAGUCAAGGACAGGGAGGACCACCCUUCAGGGGUCCUGGGCCUGAAAGGGGGCAUCCAAAUAUGGAGGGCCCAGGGCCUGACAGAAGAGGGCCAGGAGGUCCAAACAUGAGGGGACCAGGGCUUCAACAUGCAGGUCCAAACCUAGAGGAACCAGGGCCUGACAGGAGACAUCCAGAAGGUCCAAAUUUCAGGGGACCUGGGCCAGAAAGAAGACCUCCAGAUAUGGAAGGAACAGAAAGCAGCAGGUACUUUCCAGGAGGCCCACAGUUCAGGGGUGCUGAGGCCAAAGGGAGACCUCCAAAUAUGGAGGGACCAGAGUUUGAUUGGAGAGGGCCACACUUAAGAAGAGUGGGGCCUGAAAGAACUGCUAUUGGUGGUCAAGGGCCAAGAGGUCCAGAUUUUAGAGCAUCAGGUUGUGAAUUUAGAGGUCCAGACAUUGAAAGCAUAGGGCCUGAGAGGAGAGAAUCAGGUGGCUCAGGCUUCAGGGAGCCUGGGCCUGAAAGGAGAGGUCCAGAUAUGGAGUACCCAGGACCAAAUUGGAGAAGAUCAGGUGGACCAGACUUGAAAGGCCCAGGCAUCAGGCAGAGAGGUCCAAAUACAGAAGGUCUAAGACAUGAUAGAAGGGAUGACUGGGGAGGGGCUGACUUUGGAGGAUCAGAAUCUAUCCAAGAAAGCCAAGAUUUAGAGGGCCACGAACCUGAUAGAACAGGUGGAAACUUGAGAGGUCCAAGGCCUAUGAGGAGAAACAUUAGACCACCAGGGCCAGAUAUGAGCAGUCAAAAUCAGAGGGACAGAUGGAAAGGCACGGACACAGAAGAACAAUGGUCAGAUGGAAGAGGGCCCAAUAUGGAUUAUGUCGGAAAUGAGAGAGAAUAUUCAGGAGAUCGUUGGGAAAGACAUGGCAUCAGGAGUCCACGGCCUAUCCAAGAAGGCCCAAAUGAGCAGGGCCAAGAACAUAGUAGGCAGGGUCCUCAUAGUGAAUGGAGAGGACCUAGAGGUAGGGGGCGAAUGCCUAUACAGGAAAGACCAAAUAUACUAUUUCAAGGGCCUGCAAGGGGUUCAGGAGAUGAAUGGAGUGGUCCUGGCUGCAGGGGUCCAGGGCCUGUCCAGGAUGAUCCAGAUCUGAUGUGCCCAGGGCCAGGGCCAAGAGGAGGACCUGGAAAUGAAUGGAGGGAUCCUGAUCGAGGGGGUUGUGGGCCAAACAGAAGGGGGCUGGGUACAUUUUUUAGAGGGGAAAAAAAUCCAGAUAAUAAACAAGGCCAUGGUCCAGAUAUGGCAAAUGACUGGAGGCAGCCAGACUUCAGGGGGACUGUGAGAGGGCCAAACAUGGAAGGGCCUGCUGUUCAUAGGGGAGGCCCAAAUAGGAGAGGAUUUGAGAUGGGGCGUCCAGACCCAGGAGGUCCAGAUUUAAGACACCCGGGGCCUGGAAACAGACGUUCAGAAACUGAGGGUCGAGGGACUGAUGGGAGGUUUUCAGAUUGUGGGGGGCAAGGACCUGAAAGGCAAGGUGCAGACAUGGAAAGCUGUGUACCAGGUAGACGAGGAUUUGAGCAUGAUUUUAGAAGGGAAAGGAGAGGUCCAGAGAUGAUGAGCCCAGGUUUAGAAAAAUGGGGAUCUGAGCCUGCCAUGAAGAAUGACAUGCAAGCUAUUAGAUAUUCAGAUAAAUCUGCAUCACCUCAUUUCAAUAGUCCCAAUCAGGCUACCAGAUUCCUAGGCCCUAGUGAUCCACAUUCUGCACAGUUCAAUGAGCCCCCAUGUCCCACUCCAAACAGUGGAGAAAAAUCAUGCCCAGCUUUUGACAGCCCACAAAAUCAACAAUCAUUAAGACCCCAGAGACACAGAGCUGCCUUACUUCCCACUCCAACAGAAGGUCUCAUACGCUUCCCAAAUCGUAUGAUGAACAGUCCUGAUGUCUUCAUCCCGAAACAAAAACAAAUGGGUUACUCUACAGACGGGGAGAGAAGCAGCGGUAGACCAGUGGGUCAAACAAGAGCGUUAGCCCAUGGGCAAAGAGAGGAGCAGGAGAAAAGUCCUGCUGGUAAAAUAAGCACAUCUGUAGAUGCAACCACAGGUGUUGGAAAAGAAAAAAGGAGCAAGGGCAAUGAAACUGAUAAACAGGGGAUUUUUGGUGCGCCCAUAGAAACUAAAACCAAUCAAAGUAUGAAUAGUGAUGGAAAUAAAAGCAAUGUUGAGCCAAGUUAGAGACAGGCAAAAAAUCAUAACACAUGGGCCCCUCAGGACAGUAAGGCUGCUGAAUGAGACCUGCAAAAAUAUUUAGUAUCAUCACAUUGAAUGAACACACUACAGCAUAACACACUGAAUGUAUUUUUCUGAAGAAAAGUGUUUGUCCAUGUCUUAUUUAAAUUUCAACAGUCAAAGCCAUGAACGAUCAGGCAUGAUAGCUUGAUAUGGAAAUGCUCAGAGGUAUCUGAGUUCAUUAUGUUCUAGUUCUGUAUUGUGUUCAAAGUAAAUUUAAGUAAAUUUAUUUUUGUUAUUUGAUCAGGACUAAAUGCCUAUAAAAAUUCAUUGACCAUCUGUAAAUUCAACUUUGUAUUUCUAUUUGGAAAUAGGAGGGUUUUGUACAGAAAAUGUACAGUUUUUGUUUGUUUUUUUUUUUAACAUAGCCAUAGUGUCAGUAUAGUUACCUUGAUCUGACUUUUAUGUUCCUCUGCUGAUAAAACAUAGCUUGAUUCAAGUCAAUAAAAAAACAUAACUUUUUAAAUUUGUAUUAGGUCUGAUUUUGUCUUUGAUAUUUGGAUUGAUUGAUUGAUUGAUUGAUUGCUAUAUGAGCAGUGCCACUAUUAUGUUUGUGGGAAUAAAUAAAGCUCUGGUUUAUUUUUUUUAAAAGUAUAAUUUAAACAUUUCCUUUACAGAGGUUAAUGACAAAUUUUCGUUCUGUAUACCAGAAGCAAUAUCAAUAAAAGGCUUAACA